AUGGAGCCACCGAUACAGAACGUCGUUCAGAGAUGGACUAGUUUAGUGUCCAAGGGGAGAGCUACCGGGGAGUGGGCGAAAGGAUGGAGGGGGGGGGGCGUGGUUGAGGAAGAUGAGGGGGGGUCUACGGUGAGAGACUCAAGGGCCAUUGUGUGCAGGCAACUCGGCAAGGAUACUGGAAGUUUGGAACGGCGGAGGGGAAACAGCAGUAGAUUUGGGCGGACGAGAUGGAAACGAGGUAGCGAGGCUCACGAGAAGUGGUAUAAAAUGGCGUGGCGGGGAGGACGCCUGGAUGGGGAGGACGCCUAG